AUGAGUUCAGGAGCCAUCCGCAGGGCGGCGUCGUGUCUCCGCAGGGCAGAUACUGGUCUGCAGGAGGUCCUAGAUGAACACAAGACCAGUCUGAGGAGCAGAUGUGAACAUGUGACUGAAGGAACUGAUGAAACAGGAAGUAAAACCCUCCUCAACAGGAUCUACACGGAGCUCUUCAUCACAGAGGGACUGAGUGAAGAGGUUGAUACCCGACAUGAGGUGAGGCAGCUGGAGACAGCUUCCAGGAUGAAGAGCCACCAUGACGCUCCAAUCAGGUGCCAGGACAUCUUUAAAGCCUUACCUGACCAACGUGGAGCCAUCAGAGUGGUUCUGACCAACGGCGUCGCUGGCGCUGGGAAAACCUUCUCGGUUCAGAAGUUCUCUCUGGACUGGGCCGAGGGCUCGGAGAACCAAGACGUCACCGUGGUGAUUCUGCUCUCGUUCAGGGAGCUGCACCUGAUCAGAGAUAAGCAGCUCAGUCUUCUCAGGCUGAUCCAGGUUUUCCAUCCAUCGUUACAGAAGCUCACAGCAGAGCAGCUGGCUGCCGGGAAACCGUUGUUCAUCUUUGACGGCCUGGAUGAAAGCAGACGUUCCCUGGACUUCAACAACGGUCCGGUCGUGUCUGACGUCACACAGAGCUCAUCGGUCAACGUGCUGCUGACCAACCUCAUCCAGGGGAACCUGCUUCCCUCAGCUCUCAUCUGGAUCACUUCCAGACCUGCAGCAGCCAAUCAGAUCCCUCACAAACACGUGGACAGGGUGACAGAAGUACGAGGCUUCACCGACGGCCAGAAGGAGGAAUACUUCAGGAGGAGGUUCAGGGAUGAAGAGCGGUCCAGCAGCAUCGUCUCCCACAUGAAGACAUCCAGAACCCUCCACAUCAUGUGUAAACUCCCGGUCUUCUGCUGGAUCACUGCUAAAGUUCUGGAGCACAUGUUGACCACAGAGCAGACAGGAGAGCUGCCCAAGACCCUGACUGAGAUGUUCUCCCACUUCCUGCUGGUCCAGACCAAGAGGAAGAAGAACAAGUACCAGGAGGGACAUGAGACGAGUCCACAGGAGCUGACGAAGGCUGACAGGGACCUUCUCCUGAAGCUGGGGAGGCUGGCGUUUGAACAUCUGGAGAAAGGAAACAUCAUGUUCUACCAAGAAGACCUGGAGCAGUGUGGUCUUGAUGUCCCAGAGGCCUCGGUGUACUCAGGAGUUUGUACCCAGAUCUUCAGGAGAGAGUGUGAGGUCUUCCAGAAACCCGUCUACUGCUUUGUUCAUCUGAGCAUCCAGGAGUUCCUGGCUGCAGUCUACGUGCUCCACUGUUACUCCACCGGAAACAUAGAUGUGCUGUGGAACUUGCUGGGAGAAGACUCCUCAGAUGAAUCCAUGGAUGACUUCCUGGGAAGAAAAUACAGAUACUCAACUCUGGAUGACUUCCUGAAGAGAGUCAUGCAGAAAUCCCUGGAGAGUGAAAAUGGCCACCUGGACCUGUUUGUCCGCUUCCUUCAUGGUCUUUCUGUGGAGUCCAACCAGAGACUGUUAGGAGGUCUGCUGAACCAGACGGAGAACGAUCCACAAACCAUCCAGAGAGUCAUCUACAACCUGAACCAGAUGAACACUGGUGACAGAACCUCUCCUGACAGAAACAUCAACAUCUUCCAGUGUCUGAUGGAGAUGAACGACCUCUCAGUUCAUCAGCAGAUCCAAGAGUUCCUGAAGUCAGAGAACAGAUCAGAGCAGGAACUCUCUGAGUUCCAGUGUUCAGCUCUGGCCUACAUGCUGCAGAUGUCGGAGGAGGUUCUGGAUGAGUUGGACAUGAGCAAGUACAAGACAACACGGGGGGGUGGACGGAGACUGAUUGCAGCUGUGAGGAACUGCAGAAAGGCUCGAUUUGCUGGUUGUGAUCUCUCAGAGACUCACUGUGAAGUUGUUGCGUCUGCUCUGAAGUCCAACCCCUCCCAUCUGACAGAACUGGACCUGAAUCAGAACCUCCUGAAGGAUUCGGGAGUGAAGGUUCUGUCUGGUGGACUGGAGAGUCCAAACUGUAGACUGGAGACUCUGAGGUUGGAGAGCUGCAGUCUGUCAAAGAUCAGCUGUUCUUCUCUGGUCUCAGCUCUGAAGUCCAACCCCUCCCAUCUGAAACUUCUGGACCUGAGUGAGAACAAGCUGCAGGAUUCAGGAGUGAAACAUCUGUGUGGAUUUCUGGAGAGUCCAGACUGCAGACUGGAGACUCUGAGGUUGAAGAGCUGCAGUUUGUCAGAGAUCAGCUGUUCUUCUCUGGUCUCAGCUCUGAAGUCCAACCCCUCCCAUCUGAAACUUCUGGACCUGAGCGUGAACAAGAAGCUGCAGGAUUCAGGAGUGAAACAUCUGAGUGGAUUUCUGGAGAGUCCAGACUGCAGACUGGAGGAUCUGAGGUUGAAGAGCUGCAGUUUGUCAGAGAUCAGCUGUUCUUCUCUGGUCUCGGCUCUGAAGUCCAACCCCUCCCAUCUGAAACUUCUGGACCUGAGCGUGAACAAGGACCUGCAGGAUUCAGGAGUGAAACAACUGAGUGGAUUUCUGGAGAGUCCAGACUGCAGACUGGAGGAUCUGAGAUUGGAAAGGUGCAGUUUGUCAGAGAUCAGCUGUUCUUCUAUGGUCUCAGCUCUGAAGUCCAACCCCUCCCAUCUGAAACUUCUGAGCCUGAGCAGCAAUGACCUGCAGGAUUCAGGAGUGAAACAUCUGUGUGGAUUUCUGAAGAGUCCAGACUGCAGACUGGAGUAUCUGAGGUUGAGGAACUGUCUUCUGUCAGAGAUCAGCUGUUCUUCUCUGGUCUCAGCUCUGAAGUCCAACCCCUCCCAUCUGAAACUUCUGGAGCUGAGUGACAACGACCUGCAGGAUUCAGGAGUGAAACAUCUGUGUGGAUUUCUGAAGAGUCCAGACUGCAGACUGGAGGAUCUGAGGUUGGAGUGGUGCUGGUUGUCAGAGAUCAGCUGUUCUUCUCUGGGCUCAGCUCUGAAGUCCAACCCCUCCCAUCUGAAACAUCUGGAUCUGAGUAAGAACUACGACCUGCAGGAUUCAGGAGUGAAACAUCUGUGUGGAUUUCUGGAGAGUCCAGACUGCAGACUGGAGACUCUGAGGUUGGAGGAAUGCGGUCUGUCAAAGAUCAGCUGUUCUUCUCUGGUCUGCUCCAACCCCUCCGAUCUGCAACAUCUGGACCGGAGAGGGAACUUCGAUCUGGAGGCUGCAGAUGUGAAGCCGCUUUCUGAUCUGGUGGAGAGUCCAGACUUCCAGCUGCAGACUCUCAGGUCAAUGGAGGUGGAGAUGAUGAGAGUUUCCAGGACAGAUGAGUCGUUUCCUGAUUGUCCUCAGAGUUGA